AUGAGCGUUAUUGAGCCCCUGCUCCGCUCACCCGCUUACCGUCCCCGCGUAAACUGCGUCGUGCACCAACCCAAGGCAUCACUGCUUCCGUUUCCGUUGAACUCAGGGGCGUUCCGAGUCGCUGACCGAGUCGCCGACCCGUAUGCACGACAGCAGCCCGCACGAUCGCGCUACGCGGAGGUGCUUUCGCGGGCGGAAGCCGGGUCCGUUGGGAGUGCCGAAGCAGAGGGGCCGGCAGCACGGCUCGUUACACGAUCCGAACAGCAGACUCGGCGAUUUCACGCUGCCGUCUCGCCGCCCGCUCCGAUUCCGGCUCAAGCCGCAUCCCCGCGCGCCCCCUGGCGUCCCGGUGCUAGCCGCGGCGGCCCUGGUGGCGACGAUGGUGUUGACGAGGCUGCGGAAGACGAGGCGCGCGUCGCGCUCAGGAAUUGGUCCGGCGACGCAAUUGGAAAGCACGGGACUCUGCGCCAGAGUUUCGAGGAACGGUCGGAUUGGGCGGAGAGCGAGGAGGAAGAGGGGCAAGAGAACACAGGGGAGGAUAAUCGGGGAUGGGCGGAAGCAGAAGAGACGACGGGAGGCGGCGGUGGCGGAGAGAGUGAGCGAGAGGCCGGUGCCGACAGCGGCGACGAGGGCAGUUUGGCGUCGCAAUCGACAUACCUCAUGCUCAACCCGUUCGCCGUGCGCGAGGAGGUACAGCCCGUUCUGGAGGCCGCCGUGGCGAUGGGACUUGACUUGGCGGGCGCGGCGGAGAGCGGCGAGGACGGCGGAGAGGGCGGGGAGGUGGCGGCGGCGGAGUUCUACUCGGCGGUGGACCGCGUGAGGGACGCGGUGGGCGCCAUGGAGGCGGAGAUCGAGCGCAGCCGACAGCUGCUCACGUCCGCCAUGGAGGUUCUCGCGGCCGCUUUCGACAAGCACAUCGGAGCAGUCGAUGCGCUGGAAUGUUUCCCCCCCACGGCCGCCACCUCCCCCUCUGCGCGUGGCGGUCUGCCGCCCCUCCCCGAACUGCGCUGUCCCCCCUCACCCGCCUCCGCCUACGCACAGUCCGGAUGCGAUGGCUCGGCGCGCUGGGGGGAGCGCGCGGGGGGGGGAGAGAUGGUGGCGCGGCUGCAGGCGAUGGCGAAGCGGCUGUUCGAGAACGGCGAGCGGCACACGCUGUUCCAGACAUACAAGCGACGGCGGGGCGCCGUGGUGCGAGCAGCGCUGGCGGCAGCGGGAGUGGGAGCGGAGGAGCGGGAGGGGGCGGGCCAGGCGGAGUGGUCGUGGGGGGAGGCGGGGCAGCGGCUGAGGGAGUGGCGCGCGCACCUCCGAUUUGGACUGGCGCUGUUCUUGGCGGAGCAGAGGCUGAGCUGCGCGGUGCUGGGCGGCAUGGGGCAUCUGCGCCAGGAGUGCGUAGACGACCUGCUCGCGCCCUCCUUCGCCGCGCUGCUCGCCCUGCCAACCCGCCUCGCCGCCUCGCCCCCGCUGCACGCGCUGCUGCACGCGCUGCUGCACGCGCUCUCCACGUUCCAAGCGCUGAGGGACGGCUACCCGCAGGUGGCGGAGCUGUACCCGCGGCGCACGCAGAGGCAGCGGCGGCAGUACCUGGGGGUGCUGGCGCGCGUGGCGGGCGUGGCGAGGAGCGCCUUCCUCGCCACUGAGACCGCCUGGUCCGACCCCGCCCUGCUCGCCCUGGUGCUGGACGGCCAGGGCAAGGGGCAGGGCAAGGGGCAGGCCACGGGGCAGGGGCAGGAGGAGGAAGGGACGCAGGUAUGGAGUGAGAGGGGCGAGGAGAAGGAAGGGGCGGUGGUGAAAACGGUGCUGGCGCAAGGGGAAGCAGGCGAUGGUGGCUCUCAGCAGGAGGGUGCAGCUGAGGCGGAGAACACGGAGGCGGAGGGAGGAGAGGGUGGUUGUGGGAGUGGAGAGGGCAAGGCGGACACAGCUGUGGCAGCAGCAAGUGGCACCACUGCUGCGCCAGCAGGCAUGGGCGUGGGGCAGCGCAAGGGACGCAGUCUCUUGCUGCGCUUUCUGUCAGUGCGGCCACCGCAGGCGGCACUCCAGGCGGCAGCGACAGCAGGGGGGCGGGGGGCGGGGGUGGCGGCGUGCUUCCAGACCAUCACGGGCGCCGUGGACCCCGUCACACUGCGCCUGCUCGACACCUUCCACCUCCUCUGCUCCCACGACCUGCCGUACCGGCGGCUGCUGGAGGAGGUGUUGGACACGCACCCCACCCCGCCGCCCGCUGCCUCCCAUGCCUCCUCUCCCUGCGCCUCGCCGCACCCCGCCCUCACCCCGCGUGACCAGCAGCCGCCCACCCCCCACUCCGUGUGCAGCAGCCCCGCCACCAGCUGCUGGAGUGAAGCCUCCUCGCUGCCGCUGCCCGGCCAGCCCGGGGUGGGGGCGGGUGGAGGGGCGGGGAGGCGGGUGCAUGCGCGCAUGGCGAUGGUGAUCGCGGGGAGCAUCCGUGGGCUGGUGGGGGCGCUGGAGGCGCAUGCGGUGGGCAGCCGGGGGGACCUGGCGCUGAGCGAGCUCUUCCUCAUGAACAACCUCCACCACAUCGCCUCCCGCCUCUCCACGUCGAGCGUGGGCAAGCUGCUGGGGCUGGCGGAGGUGGGCGCGCAUGCCAAGCACGAGGAGCGGCACCGCGACCGCUUCCUCGAGCUCUCCUUCGCCAGGUUUCACUGCCUGGUCACCAACGACAGACUGCGCAGACCCGAUGCCAUCCGUCGAUUGGCGGAGUUCUGCAGUGUGCUGGGAGAUGUGCUAGCCAUGCAGCAGACCUGGGUGGUGCCCGACCCCCACAAUGCUGCCACACUGCGCUCUGCCCUGCGCUGGGGCCUGCAGCAGAUGCUCCAGGCAUUCCUCGCCAAACACAGGUCUGUGCUUCUUGCAACAAGCAGCAUUUCAGAGAUUGACGAAGCUUGGCAGCUAAUUUCCGAGGUCAACAGCAGCUUCCGUGCUGCUGAUGUGUUUAAGUGUUUAAAUAGCGAAUCGAGCAUGGCAGACAAUAAGUUGAAGCUGAAGAGCUCAGACAAUGAGAUUUUCGAAGUAGACCAGGAGGUAGCUUUGCAGAGCGACACCGUGAAGAAUAUGAUUGAAGAUGUCGAUGUGUCGUCUGCCAGCGAGCCCAUCCCUUUGCCAAACGUCUCUGGGCGAAUCCUGGCAAAGGUGAUUGAGUAUUGCAAGUAUCACGUGGAUGCGAAGAAGCCUGGCUCCAUGGAGAAGCCUGCUGUCACGGACGAUGAGGUGAAGGCGUGGGAUCAGGAGUUUGUGAAAGUCGAUCAAGCUACCUUGUUCGACCUGAUAUUGGCGGCAAAUUAUUUGCACAUCAAAGAUCUGCUGGAGCUUACGUGCCAGACUAAGAAGAGGAAGAAGUUCGUCGCGAGAACCAAUGGGCGUUUGAAUGACCUAUCGGAUUUUUCCCGGGCCGGCAAGGAUAUUUUUUGGCAUAGUACUACUUGUGCAUACUGA